AUGCCCUCGCUGGUGGAUCUGCCGUGGCACUCGGAGACUCACCAUGGGAGCUCCUUCCUGCGCUGUACAAGGCCUCGCUUCAUGCCCGAUCCGCUGACUGGCAUGCCAUGCAGAGAUCCAGAGGAAGAGAGUUGUAAUGAAGUUCAUGCCACUUGUGCAAAAGUUCCAAAGGUGGGAUGGAGCCCUGACGUCAAGGACCCCAUGUCCUUCGUGGAGCCCAAAGGCGCUUGCGAACUUCCUGUCGAGAAGCCGCCUCCACUGAGCGGCGGUGGUCUUGGGGGUGCACUUGGCAACUUGAAUAAGUUGCAAAAUGUGGCAAACGCCGUGGGGAACGCUGUCAGCAUGGCCCAAAGUUUGGCCGGCGGUGGUGCCCAGAAUUCUGAAUGUAACGCGCGCAUGAUCGACAUGCCGUACGGACUCGACAAUCCCAGCGCUGUGGAAAAGAGUGCCUUUGGUGCGGACCUUGCUAUGCUCGGUGGCAAGACGACCAUGAAAGCCAAGCUUCCUAUCACGGUCUGGGGUCAGGCAGUGCAUGGAAUGUCUGGGACAUGGGCCUUUGACAGCGGUGGCCUCCAUUCCACCGACUAUGUCUACAAGGUGGAGCAAAGCAACGGGGCUCCGGACGACUACUACAUUUGUGAUAGCCGGCGCCGUCCGCAGCACUGCGCUUUGCUUGGAGGCAAUGUGAAACAAGCAUGUGCCGCAUGGUAUGAUCCCAGACAGUGCGAUUUCUGUGAAGAUUUGGGUGAUGAGCUCAAAUGUGAAGUGAGGGGUUGGAACCACAAGGAGAUGAAGUGGUCUCGUGUUCCUAUCUAUCCUCGUGAUUUGCUCGGUGAGCUCUACCGCGGUGAAUGGAAAGACGUCUGGAUGCGACCGACAUUUGCUUCGGUCCGGCUGAAGAAAGCUGGAUUUCAAGGAAAGAUCAAGAAAUUGCCCAUGGAGCUGGUGACCACUGGGCCAGGCAAUGAGGCCUUGAUGUGCCUCAGAUGGAAUUGCCAGGCCUAUGGCUACCAUGGCCAUCGCGAGGACUCCAAUCAUGCAGAUCAUCUGCAGAUCCUUGAAGAUGGCGGAAAGGCCGCGAAGAGCGCGGCUUGCUGUGCAUACGGAAAGGUUGCUGCCUACAAAAUGGCAUUACACAGGUGCAUAUUCUUCGUUCUCACGGUCGCGAUCGCUGGUGUGCGGAGGAGUCUAAGGACCGUGGCAGUAGUUUUGCUUGUUCUGCUCGUCACAUAUUUGGUGCUCUACGGUGUUCUGCGUUGGAAGCUGCCAGCAGAUAGCCCUGGAAGGAAGCGGGCGGAUCGGUGGCUUUGGUGCUGGUCCAGCUUGUAUGAUGGACAGGCCUGCUGCUUCUACAACGUGAUCUUCAGCCCCGUCGUUCUGACCAUCCAUGCAAUCAGAAUCUACCUGCCAAACUGCUUGUAUGCAUACUGCUGGCGCAUGUAUUGGAUUUUUGGCGGAUGCUGUUCCUCGUUCUACACGGACCAAGACUUCCCACCCCAGGACUCAUCCCUUGGGAAAGUGGGUGGUGACAAUGCCAACGCCAAGUCUGGCAAGUCAGGUGCCUCAACUGUUACUUGGGUCCGAGCCAUGGACUUCUGCAGACAAAGCGGUGCCAAACCGCAAGGCGCUUUGGGUGACUGUUGGUUGCUGGCAGCCAUGGCCACCCUGGCGGAGCAUGAAGGUGCCAUUGACUCGCUCUUCAUGGAGCACUGUGUCAAACAAUGGACAGUCAUCAAACUGGAUGAUUUUGUGCCCUGCAAGCCGGAUUCGCGAGAUCCGCUUGGUGUGGCACGCGCAAGGGAUGGUAUGCCAGAGGCACUCUAUGCUCAUCCUCAUGGCAAAGAAACAUGGGUGAUGAUGCUGGAGAAGGCCUUUGCAAAGCUUUGCGGCAGCUAUGCUGCCACUGAAGCGGGUAUCACUGAGUGGGCCAUUUCAGCAAUGACUGGUGGCAAUGCAUGGCGUUACGAGCGCUCAAGUAGCGAGAAGUCUUGGGAAAGGUUGGAUCUUGUGACCCAGAAGUCAGAGGACAAAAGGGCUUGCGCUUUCAAACCCACCGAUGAGAAGCACGAUGAUGAGGAUUUCUUCCAAUUGCUUCGACACUACCAUCGCCAGGGGGCGGUCCUUUGUUGUGGUGGGGUGAAAGAAGCUGGACAGAAGCAGGGUUUAGUCCCAAAGCACGCAUUCUCUUUGCUGCAAGUUAGAGCAGUCCCUUUGAACUGGCAUUCCAAUGAGUACUUUCGUAUGGUGCAGAUACGAAAUCCUUGGGGAACUGGAGAGUGGAAGGGAUCUUGGUGUGACGGGUCACCACUCUGGGACAAGUACCCACACGUCAAGACAUCCUUGGGCUUCAGUAGCAAGGAUGACGGCACUUAUUGGAUGCAGUGGGAAGACUUUUGCCAGUUCUGGGGCUAUGUUGGUUGCGUGGACUUCGGCAUCAGCAUCUUCUCACUGAAACCACCUUUAAUGCCGGAUGCUGAUCCCUUGAGUCCCUUGAAGUCGUGUCUCCUGGGCUGCUGCCGCUUUUGGUUUCUCUGCCAUGGACCUCGACACCUUUUCUUGUCUCAUGAAGCUUCCGAUGAACACAUUGAAAGAACCGUCUAUCGACAAAGCUUUGGCUGCGACCCUCGUGGAGCGUACUGCCGUCUAUGUGAGCGAGAAACUUGGACAUACCAAUGUCGCGGAUUGUCGCGGAUUGUCGCGGAUCAGCAAGUUAAUACAUUAUCAUACCAGGUCUGGGUCAAAAACGUUGUUCUUGAGCGGAUUGUUGUCACCCAUUCUGGCCAAUUUGAAAAUUUUGAAAGGCAUUGCAAGGGUUCACCAGGAGUGCAAGUCUUACUGUAGGCUGCACUGUAGCCAUGUUUUCCAUGAAAUGCACAGCACUGGGAGGCAACGUUGUUUGAUGCAUUUUCAACAACAUAAACUCGCUUGAUCGUGUUUGUAUUAAAAGUAUUUUUUCUAUGCAAGAAUGCGCAGACAGCCAUGGUGUCAACUAUUCGAUCUCAUUAUACAGACGAUCCACCGCUUGAUUUUGUG